AUGAAGCCCCUCGCGCACUCCCUCCACGCCGCCGUCGACCGCCGCUGGCUGCUCCCUCUGGCCGUCGGCUCCGCGCUCUCGCUCCUCCUCCUCGUCGCCCUCACCACCUUCCCCUCGCCCUUCCCCUCCACCUCCACGCCCUCCUCCUCGGCGCUCUUCGUGGAGCACAAGCUCGCCCCCACCCCGCCGUCCCCCGCCGCCGCGGCCUCGCCGCCCCGCAUCGCCUUCCUCAUCUCCGGAUCCGCGGGGGACGCCUCCGCGCUCCGCCGCGUCCUCCUCGCGCUCUACCACCCCAGGAACCGCUACAUCCUGCACCUCGAUGCCGAGGCGCCCGACUCCGACCGUAGGAGCCUCGCCGCCGACCUCGCCUCCCACCCGGCCAUCGCCGCCGCGGCCAACGUCCGCGUUGUCGACCGCGCCAACCUCGUCACCUACCGCGGACCCACCAUGGUCGCCAACACGCUCCACGCCGCCGCCGCAUUCUUGUGGGGCCAUGCCGGCGACGGCGGCUCACACUGGGAUUGGUUCAUCAACCUCUCCGCCUCCGAUUACCCGCUCGUCACGCAGGAUGAUCUGAUACAUGUAUUCUCCAAGCUGCCGCGCGAUCUCAACUUCAUCGACCACACCAGCGACAUUGGAUGGAAGGAGUUUCAGAGGGCAAAGCCGGUCAUCAUUGAUCCAGGGCUCUACAUGAAGAAGAAGGCCGACGUGUUCUGGAUACCGCAAAGGCGGAGUGUCCCUACAGCAUUCAAGCUCUUCACUGACUCUUGGAUCUUUGCCACAUGUUAA